AUGAGGAAAAGAAGAAAUAUUGGCAGUCAAGAAAUGGGAUCUAAUGAAAUACAUAGGAGAAGAGAAACGCAGGGUACACUACCAAGAGACUUAUAUUGUUGCCGCUUCGCGUGGGAAUUAUCCAAAGUCAGAUUUCUUGUUACAACUUUUCUGCUGUCUGCUUCCCUGCUAGUACUUUUAACCUGGUGGUCUUUCCAUGUAUCCAUUGACUAUCUGAAAAUCAUUUUCACUCUUUCUGCCAUAUUCGGGAUUCCCCUUGGUUUCAUAGUGAUGAUGAUCAUAAUUGCAGAAAGAGAUGCUAGUGUCUUGUCGAUGAAGAACAGAAUGCAUUUUCUUAAUCAGGUUAUUGAAAAUCGAGCAGGAGUUACCAUGGAUAAAUGGGAUUUGAUCGCGGCUAAUAUGAACCGAAUAUUGAUAUCAAGUGGGUCAUGCUCGGACGCUGGUUACUUCUUCAAUGGCGAGAUGUGCUAUGAUAAGUUUAGGCGCUUGUUUAUGCCAGAGUCUAAGAAGACUAAGUACGUAGAGUUAGACCCAUACAUCGACAAGGCUCUGAGGAUCUAUAAAGCUAACGUUAGUGCGUACUGGUCGGAGAAUAUCGAAGGAGCUUUGGAUAGAGAAUUCAAUGGUCAGUAG